GAAUAAGGAGACACGAGGAGGGUGGAGAACAGGAUUUCUCCUGAUGCGGGAGGGUGCGGAAGGUGCCUCCAGUGCUGGACAGAAAAACAGAAAGAGAGGGAGCAAGAGACAAGAAGACAGAAGAGGAACAAAUGGACGAUUUGGUCUCUGUGAGGAGAAUGCAGCCUCAAGGAACCAUCUUUGUGGCUCUUCCUAACCUGGGGCCCAUCCUGGUCUGGCUGCUCACCCCUCGAAUGUCUGGUUGGCACGACAACCCAAAGAAGCCGCCCUGGUGCCCUCCUCACAAGGUCUUGAUGACAGGGUGGAUAACCAUCUACUUUGUCAUGGGCUAUGCCUCCUACCUGGUGUGGAAGGACCUGGGUGGGGGCUUCGGGCGGCCCCUGGCCCUGCCACUCGGCCUCUAUGCUGUGCAGCUUGCCAUCAGCUGGAUUGUCCUGAAUCUCUUUUUUGUAGCCCACAGCCAUGGUCUGGCCCUGCUGCACCUGCUGCUGCUCUACGGGCUGGUGGUGAGCACAGCGCUCAUCUGGCAUCCCAUCAACAAGCUGGCUGCCAUACUCCUGCUGCCGUACCUGGCCUGGCUCACCGUGACCGCUUCCAUCGCCUACCGCCUUUGGAGGGACAGCCUCUGUACAAGCCAGCAGCCUCAGCCCGUGGGAGAUAAGAGCGACUGAGGCACCAGGGACAGGAGAGGAGGGAGGAUGGCCAUGGUAGGGGCAGAAGAGAAUGGCAAGUAGGGCUGUGGGGCUAUUCUGGAGAGAGGGGAGGUGGGGGGCCAGGGAGCGAUGAAUGCCUGACCAC